AUGUACUCGGCUCCUUAUGGCUACGGCAACGCUGCAGGACAAGCUUUCAAUGGUGCCCCACCAGGUCAGAGCCCUCAGAUGCAGCCUGGUCCUGGUCAGAGCCAGCCUCAGCAGCAGAUGAUGUAUAACCAACAAUUCUCCAUGGGGCCCUCUGUUCCUGGCGGAUAUGCCGGUGCUCAGAACCCAGGCGCCAUGAUGCCGGGUGCUGGCGGCGGUGCUGGCGGCGGCGGCGGUGUUGGUGGCCCUGCAGGAAUGAUGCAAAAUACCGCCAUGCCACAGAUGCCCGCUAACGGCCAGAUGAACUUCCACACGCCUUACACAAGCUCGCCGUACGGAGCUGGCGUCCCGUCGACCUCAGGUCCACAGGGCCAGUUCAACCCCAACUAUAUGAUGUCUGGGCCUAUGGGUGGCUAUCCUAUGAAUAGCCAGCAGCAAAUGAUUCAACGCAUGCAGCAGCAGCAGCAGCAGCAGCAACAACAACAACAACAGCCGCAACAACAGCCGCAGCAAGGCCCUGGGGGCAUGGGCACUCCGACACCACCGCGCCAGUUUCCUGGGUCACAAGGGACGCCUAACCCAACAGUACCAGCCCAACAAGGCCAGUUUGGCACACCGUCGAACCCCCAAGCUGCUGCUCAAAGCCAAACACCGACGCAGGCACCGCCGUCCGCGAACAGCGUGACGACUCCCCAGACCCCGACCUUCCCGAUGACGGGACAAGGAGCGGUCAACGGGAAUGCCACCCCAUUAAGCCCCAGCUCACAGGCCAAGGGGCAAGAGAGGAUCUCGCUACUCCUGGAGAUCAACCAAGAGCUAUUAUUUGAAGCUAUCAAUUUAAAACAUAAUAUAGACGAGCUCAAACGCGAAGCGACGAGUUCUACGGAGCCGGAUCAACAGAAGGAGAAGAAGGAAGAGGAGGAAGCAUUUGCACACGAUUGGGCCCAGGUAUGUAGGAGGUUACAGGCUAACCUCGCCUACUUGGCCUCGCUCGCGGACCGGAAGCAAUCAUCGCAGCCGGCACCGGCCUAUCUGACGCCGCCCACUCUGACGAUGAGGCUCAGGCUCAGGCCGAUGCCAGCAACCCCGGAUACCGAAAAGGUAGACGGUUCGGGAGAUCGUGAGGAGAGGGAGAAACUCAUGAGAGAACAAUAUCAGAAGCUGCAGACCCUUUUCCCCGGCAUCGACCCGAACAACGUGCCCGUAUCCAGGCCCCAGCCGAAGCCCGGUGUAUCCAACGCGGCGAUGGCCAUGCAGAAUGCACAGCGGAUGGGGAGUCUCGGAUCAAUACCAAUACCUCAAUCGCCCGCGUCGUCUGCGCACCACGGGACGCCACAGAUGGCAAAUGCUGCGCCGCCGACAAACCAGGCCACAAACUCUACCUAG